GAUGCUGAUGGUACGGUGUUGCCGGCUUCUUCUUCUACUUUUAUCGAGUCCCGUCGAAAGUGCCAUAAUUUGAGGAAAAUUAUCAUUACUAUGCUGGCAGUUGGGACAAAAAUUGGGGCUUUUGCCCCGUUUAUAAGUGCUACCUCACAAAAUGUAGCAUCACAACUAAGGCCAGCCGUAGUUGUGGCCCCGUCGUUGCUGCCGACUUUCAAGAUUCCGACCGACGUGGAGAAGCACACAAACCGGGGAAUGAGCGCUCUCGCACCCCGUAGCAACUUGAAAGUGACAUCGGGUGUUCAAUGCUCCAGCUAUGUCCGAUAUGCACACACCGACAUCAGAGUGCCUGAUUUUUCAGAGUACCGCAAUGAAGGUUCACUCGAUCCAAACAAGCCUUCCAGUGAAACAUCAAUGGAUCGAAGGGCGUACUCCUACAUGAUGGUCGGUGCCGGUGGUGUGGCCGCAGCAUACAUAGCCAAGACCAUGGUGACAGAUUUCGUUAGCAGCAUGAGCGCGUCCGCUGACGUUUUGGCUAUGGCCAAGAUUGAGAUCAAGCUCAGCGAGAUCCCAGAGGGUAAGAAUAUGACAUUCAAGUGGAGAGGUAAACCCUUGUUCGUACGGCACAGAACCCAGGCCGAGAUCGACGAUGUCGUUUCGGUGGAUGUAUCCUCGUUACGCCACCCCCAGCAAGACAGCGAACGCGUGACGAAUCCCGAUUGGUUGGUGGUUAUCGGAGUUUGCACGCAUCUCGGCUGCGUGCCCAUUGCCAACGCAGGAGAAUAUGGCGGCUACUACUGCCCGUGCCACGGCUCUCAUUAUGAUGCAUCGGGCCGAAUCAGGAAGGGACCUGCACCUGAGAAUCUAGAAGUCCCAGAAUAUAUUUUUAAUGGAAACGAGUUAGUUGUUGGAUGAUUGCGAGUUUAGAUUCUAUUCAUUAGGACAGUUGUUAAAGGCACUUGCGUGGAUUUCACAAAGAGUUAAGACUAGUCUUAUCUCGAGUUAAGACGAGUUAC